AUGCCGUUGCAGGCGCAUACGACCAAGUUCAUGGUGGACCAGCUGAAGUACACCUCUCUGGUCAACACCCGGCGGACCAGCUCGGGCAUCUUCCGCUCGGCCAACCUCGCCAAAACUCCGGCGAGGUUCGGCAGCUUUGAUGACUCGAUAAAGUACGGCGGUGCGGUCCCGUCGGAGCACUAUUUGCGGGACAUGUGGCGGUUGUAUCUCUCGAAACUCCCCGUGCUGGAGGUGGAUAGCGUGGAUUGGACCCUGGAGGAGUAUCAGCACCGCUUGAUGCAGCGCUGGGACGGAGACAUUCUGGGUGGGGAUGCUUCGUUUAAGUUUGCGAAGAUCAUCCGGCUCGGGGCAAAAGCGGGCGAGGAGCGCACAAGACCAGUGUACGGCUUCUUCACAGUCUUCAACGAAUGUGAGCAGCUGCCGAAGGAUACCGUCCGAUGCUCCCGUUGGGGGAGCGCUCAACUCUCCGUUGAACAGCGAGACUGCGCCAUCAGGGACGCCGUUGCCUCGGCACUCUUUUACGAGGCCAUCCACACGAACAAGGACCCGAUCACGUCCGUGCCUUCUUCACCGUUCGACCCGGCUGUCGGCUUGAAGGUGAGCGCCUACGCAUUGUGGUAUCGGCCGUACUUUGAUGUGGACCGACAACAACAGAUCAUGGCAGGUUCCAAAUUUGUGCUGAAACCCAAGCAACAACGCUUGCCCUCGUUCUUUUGCCCUCUGCGCGUACUACAGGUGCGCCUCUACAACGCCAGCCAUUCCGCCUGCGUGGCGGUAGGUCACGUGGUGUCCGACGCCACCGCGGAGACCGCCCUUCGUCACUGGCAAAGUUCUGCCAAGCUACAAGGGGUCGCCGAUCUUGGCUGGGCCUGGGGCGGGGGCGGCGGGGGCGGCGCGGACGGCGUUGCCGCAGUUCAGGGCCUGCACCGAAUGCGGACACCACAAGGGUGCAUACCCUGCUGAACACCCUGGGAAUCGCCGUGGACAUAAGGCAAUAGGUUCAGCGCCCCAGCCCGACGUUGAACCGGCGAAAAAAUGUUUAGUGGACCAGAGCUUGCGGCGUCCAGAGUCGUACAAAGUCUGGAACCCUAAGCAAAGAAAGAGGACGUUUCUGCCCUGCCCGUGUGAUGUAUGCAAGGGCUCAUACGCACACGUGGAGGAUGGUGGUAGUUAGCCUGUGCUGCCGGGUCGAGGCGAGCUGGACACAUGAAAAAAAAAGUAAAUAUUUGCCUACCGGUUCGAAAGGCCGUUCGGUCAGUUAAGAGUGCACUAGUUGUACGGCAGUCGCCCAGAAUUCCAUUUGGAAAAGGAAAUUAACAAACGGCCCAUGAUUGAGACAUGAGAUACACCACGGCUGCCCAGGCGAUGUGUGCGUGCGUGUGUGUGUGU